GCCCCGUAACAGCAGCAGCUGCUCUGCCACCAGCGAACACCAGACUCCACUAUGGCCUACCAGGCGGAGAUAACGCAGCCCGGCCGGGUACAGACCAGCUACUCCUAUGGCAACUCCAACGCCUGGAGCUCUGGGAUGUGUGACUGCUUCGCGGACAUGGGCGUGUGUCUCUGCGGUACCUUUGUGCCCUGCAUCCUGGCCUGCCAGGUAUCCCAGGACUUCGGCGAGUCCUGCUUCCUGCCCUGCCUGCCCGGUACCUUGCUGGCCCUACGCACGGGGGUGCGGGAACGGUACCACAUCGAGGGCAGUAUCUGCGACGAUUGGCUGGUCAUGACGUGCUGUGGGCCCUGCGGCCUCUGCCAGCUGUCCCGGGAGCUGUCCCACCAGAAAUGAGGGGCUGGAGAUCCUGGCUCCGGCUAGGGGGGCUCUGAACCAUCUCUGCAGCAGGAAGAAAAUCUGCCCCUUCCCCUCCCAGGGAGGAGAACAGGGACAGCCAGGGGGGAGCCCCUGCCCCAAACCCCCUAAAUAAAUAACCCCACAAACUC